AUGGGUCAUUGUAUCUUCAUCUUUGACCCGUUCUCAGGCAUCUCGGAUGAUGCAGAACAUACAGACGCCCCUCCCGUAGCGUCAACACAGGUCAUGGUCUCAGUGCUCAACCUGCACACAAGCAGGGCGCCUGCAUGUAACUUGCCGUUCUGGUUCCGGGACAAGUCAGAUUUGUCAGUGGCUUAUAAGAUACUCGAGCAUGUCUCGUAUCGUUAUGGCAUCGCAUGCGACCUUCUGGAUACCGACCCAAUCUUGGGAACGGCUACGACGAAUAGAGGAACCUUCCGGUUAAUGACCGAGCCAGAACCCGACAUCACGAAAAUGAAAGCCAUUGUCAGCGUUGGGAAAUCUUAUGAGUUCGGCAAGGUUCUGAUGUGGGUCAAGUACGGCUUCGAAGAAGCGAUUACAGAAGUGGGAGCUCUCCCCUCCGAGCACGGAGACGCUACAAAUGCUGUCUCAGCGAAAGACAAUGAGCUUGCUGGCACUGGUCUUCGAUCUGGCUAUCAGGUGGCUGAGAUCGAGUCAGAGGCACUCUCACUUGCAUCAGCCUCAACGCAUACGACUUCCUCCGUCGCAAGGCGUUCUGGCGUAGCAGCUGUGGACCGGCAGAGAAGGCGCAAACGAGAUGAGAAGCACGCAUCUGUAGCAACCACACCUGAGUCUGAAGAGACAGUGAGAGCAGGAAAGAGGCGAAGACUAUCCACCGACGACGAUAGGAGAGGUCGCUAG